UUAGAAACCGACGGGUUGGGCAGGUCGGGUGAGGGGAUGGCAGUUUUGUUAUUUUAAUUAUUUCUCUUUAGUAUUUAAGAGGAGGAAACACUGUUCUGCAUAUUAGUCAAUAAUCAAUAUUUCAACCUAAAUCCCUAAAUUUCGAAUUCUCUCUAUCUUUUGUUCUUCCCCAAUUUCCCUCAAAUCCCUAAUUUCUUCUCUUCUCAAUCCCUAAUUCUAUUGUGGAACUUCUUUGUUUCUAACAUCUGGUAUCAGAGUUCGGUUCCGACCGGCGAGUUUUCUCAACUCCAUCAAGGACAGCUUCCGACCAGGAGAGUGAUCAAGGACAACAAUGGAGAAAUUGAAGCAGACAUGGGCUCGGAAGCAAGAAAAGAUGUGGCAGAUUGUGGGCUAUUGGAAGGAGAGAGCGGCGCGCGGCGCUGCGGCAGGGAAGGAGGACGAGGGUGCCGCAGGGGCGGAGGACGAGUUGCGAGCCACAGCGCGCACAGCAGCAGGUGGCGGUGCGGGGAACGGCCCGCUCGUUAGGGCGGCCAGAGGCGGGAGCGGAGGUCGCGGGGCGCGCGGCUGCGUGCGAGGCAGAGGACGGCGGCACGGGAGAAGGCCCGUAGACGCGCGCGGAAGGAGGGGAGACGGCGGCGAUCUCCUUGCACUCUGUAGCUGGGAUUUCGUCGCCCGAAACCCUGCGGUUUCGAGCAAAGGUGGCCGGGCAGCAGGGCCUCGCCCUUGUUGACAGUGGGGCGUCACUAAAUUUUAUCGGGGAGGACUUUGCUAAAACCCUACAGAUAGCAGCGAGUCCGACGCAACCGGUAGUUGUCAGAGUGGCUAAUGGUGCGCCGAUGCGGUACGUUGAGGUGUAAAGAGACCU